CAACGUGCAAAAUCCCACUUCCAUCUUCCUCUUUUCAGUUUUCAGUUCUCUUCCCUUCUCCAUUUUCACUCACCUGUGUUGAGUUGUGUACUCAGAAUAGAGAUUGGGAUGCGCCCAUCUUUCUCCCAACUGGGCAAUGCCUUGCCCGUUCCAAAACUUUUCAGGCAGCUAGGGCAGGAGAUGGAAACUGUGAUUAGCGUACUGCAACCUGGACCCUUAGGAUCAUUGAGCACAAGUUCUCUGGUGAGGAAAUUCGUGAGGCAAAUGCAGCUGUUCGAAGAGCUGCUGAGAAUUGGUGAAGGAAUGCAAGCUUAGAGCAGAUGAAUGGAAUCUUAAGAGAUUAUAUUCCCAAGUGAUGGAUCAUGCUACCAGACAACAUCAUCUUCAAAGGUUUGAUUUGGAGAAAUUGAAACUUUUUGUGAAGUGUUUAAACUUCGAACUGUUUCUUGGUGCUUCAUCGAAGUGUUAGAACAAUAAAUUAAGUUGGAUUUUUAAGGAAAGUUUCUGUACUACCGGUAUUUUUCUUGUGUGAGGAAUUUAGCUUGGAUGGAAUGGUAGACAAACCGAUUGGCGAUUUUUUUAUAUUUACAGUUAGUUUUCCUGGCAGUUCACUUGUUCAAAAUGCUUCUACUAUUUCCUCUUGUGAAAUGUUGUUCAGUGUGCACUGAGUACCAGAGAGGCGACCAUACGUUCCCAAUACCUGUGCUUUCUUGUUAAAGUUUCCUUCAUGGAUACAAGAGGGAAGAAAGUUCGAUUGCAAUAGCCUACCAAAAAAUUCAAGCCACCAAGACACAUUUAACAUAUAUAGCAUGAGGCUGGACCUUCUAGAAAGCAAGUUCCUUUUUUAAGUUAGUUCAGAAAGACAGUUCUUCAUUGCAGCUCAAGCAUAAAAUGGAAAUCUAAGG